AUGGAACUCAGAUUCUAUACGGGUCACAAUAUUUCCAUCGCGGGAACCUGCGAGUGGUUAUUUCAGCACAAGGAGUGGGAGCGAUGGCAGUUCGGUUCAGAUAAUCUGAUGUGGAUCAAGGGGAAGGCGGGAUCCGGAAAAUCAACACUACUACGAUAUGCCGAGCGGGAGGUGAAGAGGAUGGGAGCAAAGAGUAACGCCCUCACCUUGUCAUUCUAUUUUCACGGCCGUGGCGAGGAGCUCCAGCGAACCCCCUUGGGCAUGUACCGCUCACUUCUUUGCCAGAUCCUCAAACACGAGCCAGCAUCCCUCUCGCAGCUUGUGGAGACCUUCGCGUACAAGCAGAACGAAAAGAACGGUUCAGGGGCUGCAUGGAAAUGGGAUCCUGACCACCUCGGCAACUUGCUGGACUGGGCAAUCGAUGGUAUCUUAGCCAGCCGCCCCAUCUGGCUGUUUAUCGAUGGCUUGGACGAAUGCGGACCGGAAGGUGCAGAGGAGAUUCUUCAACGUCUCAACCGACUACGCCGUCCCGGGUUGUUUAUAUGCGUGAGUUGUCGGAAUGACUCGCUCCGGCACUCAGACGGCGGCUUUCGAAUCAAGGUGGAAGAACACAACAAACACGACAUCGUCAGAUACGCCCAAAGUCAACUGGCUCAUCUCGAAUCCAAAACGGCAUUCUCAAUCCCAGAUUUUAUAGCAACGUAUUCCGACGGUUGUUUUAGCUCGGCUUACCUGGCUGUUGCACGGCUGCGGAGCGUGGAGAUUGGGAUGGAGGCCAGGGAGAUCGAGGAUACCGUCAAGCAGACGAUCAAUUCAGCCCCCUGGGACCUCAACGAUCUUCCCACACUCCUCGCCCGCAACUUUUGGGGAGAUUCCACGCGCUAUGGGCAUCAAUUCAAUGGGGUCAACGUUUCCAUAAGAAGACACUGA